CUAAUUUUGCUCGUCAUUUCCCACAAAAAGUAAAAUAAAAUUAGUUGUCUCAACUCAGUUGAUUUAAUUCAUACAGAUGAAGUUACCAGAUUUCUUUGUUGCUUUUCUCCUGUGCCUCGGAUCUCAAUUCCUGCUAUUUGGAAAUACGAAAGCUCAUACGGUGACGUUUUACGUGCACAACAAAUGCUCAUUUCCCAUAUGGCCAGCAGUAGCACCCAACAACGGCUAUCCAGUCCUAGCAAACGGCGGCUUCCACCUCCCACCCGGCCAAACCCGCCGAGUCAUCGCCCCAUGGAAAUGGACCGGCCGGUUAUGGGCCCGAACCGGGUGCAACUUCGCCACUAACUGGAGCCCAGCUUGUGAAACCGGGGACUGCGAUGGACGACUCGAGUGUAACGGGCUAAUAGGUACUCCUCCGGUGACGUUGGUCCAAAUUUCGGUCCAAAUAGACCAGACUAAGCCCAAUUACUACGACGUGAGCUUGGUGGACGGAUACAAUCUUCCCGUCUCGGUGGCGGCCCGACCCAGCUCGGCAAAAUGUACAAUCGGAGGGUGCGUGGAGAAUUUGAAUAGUUUGUGUCCAGAGGAGCUGAAGGUGUUAAACGACGUCGGAGAAGUGGUGGCAUGCAAGAGCGGUUGCUUGAAGUUUAAUUUGGAUUCGUUUUGUUGCCGAAACCAGUACGGAAGCCCAGAUAAAUGUAGGCCCAAUGUGUAUUCUAAGCUGUUUAAAGAGGCAUGUCCUUCUUGUUAUAGCUACGCCUAUGAUUCGCCGCCUCCCUUGGCCAGCUGUGCUGCCAAGGAGUACGUGGUCACAUUUUGUCCCUCCACGUGGGCUCGCGGGAAUACUACCGCCGCAGGUAGUGACGUGUCACGUUAAGCGGGAAUAAAAUUGGAUUGGAUGUUUAUGUUUGAAAUCUGAAGCUUCCUUUUCUUUAAUGUAUUUAUGAAUGUGUUACUCCUAAAUGAUCCUUUUUUGAAAAGACAAUAAGGUUUCAUUAUCUAUAUAAUUUCUUGUUGCGAUGAUUUCGGUAAUUGUCGUUUUUAUUAAUACAUGUAGUUUGAGGCUGGCUCGGCUGCUCUUAGUCUCA